AUGGGUCGUCGAGCGAAGAAACAGCAGGGGGCCCCUGAUCUCAGCGAUUUAGAAAGUCUCAUAACCGGCAAAAGUCUCCGGAAACGAAAGCAGAUGGUCGGCACCUGCCAGCGUCCCUCGAAGAAACCAAAGGAUUCGCUGAAAAGGUCGACUUCAAAAUCCAACAAGAAUAAGGAAAACGGUUGGGAAGAUGUUGAAGACGGUGUUGACUUUCAAAUGGAGACCGAGAACCUUUUCGAUGACUCGGACGAAGGUUUCGUAGGAGACCUAAACGAUCUUGACGAUGAAUUCGACGACGACGUGAUUCUGCGUGGUCCAGUGCAGGAACUACAGUUCUCCGAUGACGACGAGGAAGGAGCACUGCAUUCAGAUGAUUCAGACGAGGAGAUUACCAUGGCCAACAUGGAGGCCAAGUCCCGCGCAUUGGACGAGGAAGCCCUACGUGAAGCAGAAUUGGACGCAGAAGAACUUCGACGGGCCGCACUGGAAGCAGACGACGACGACUUCGACGAUAUGGAUGAGGACGAGGAGGGUGAAGAAGGAGGUGAAGGAGAGGCCUUCCAUCUGCCAACGGCUGAAGAGAGGGAAAAGGAGAAAGCUGCAGGCGGACCUGAUCUACAUACAUUGCAGCGGCGGAUGCCUAGUUAUUAUGGCUAUAAUUAUUACCUGGCGGAGAAGCUAUUCUUGCUGUUCCCUGUGGCCGAGGCAAUCGAAUUCUUCGAAGCUAACGAGGUGUCCCGUCCAGUUACCAUCCGUACCAAUACCCUCAGGACUAGGCGACGCGAUCUUGCUCAAGCACUGAUUAAUCGGGGCUCUUCGAAAGUCCCGUCCCCAUCGUGUGCAACUCCUGAAUACCUCGCUGGACACUACAUGCUGCAAGCGGCUUCGUCAUUCCUUCCCGUCAUCGCUCUUUCUCCUCAGCCCAAUGAACGCGUUUUGGACAUGGCAUCUGCACCUGGCGGUAAAACCACACAUAUGGCUGCUUUGAUGCAGAACACAGGCGUCAUCUUCGCCAACGAUGCCAACAAAGCGCGCACGAAAAGUCUCACCGCCAACGUCCAUCGCCUGGGAUGUAAAAAUGUCGUUGUAUGUUCCUAUGAUGGUCGAGAGUUCCCCAAGGUUAUGGGAGGCUUCGACCGCAUUCUGCUUGAUGCUCCUUGCAGUGGAACUGGCGUUAUCAGCAAGGACUCGAGUGUUAAAGUCAACAAGUCGGAUCGCGAUUUCAUCCUCCUGUCCCAUCUCCAAAAGCAACUCAUCCUCUGUGCAAUCGACAGUGUUUCUCCUGACUCGAAGACUGGUGGUUAUUUUGUGUAUUCGACCUGUUCGGUCACGGUGGAGGAGAACGAGGCCGUUGUCGAUUACGCGCUGAAGAAGCGACCAAACGUCAGGUUGGUCGACACGGGCCUGUCGUUCGGUCGGGAGGGCUUUACGCAAUACCGUGGCAAAACAUUCCACCCUAGCGUAAAACUCACACGUCGAUUCUAUCCCCAUGUUCACAACAUGGAUGGGUUCUACGUCGCUAAAUUCAAGGUCGAGAAAAGGCAAAAGUUGUCUAAUGCCGAUAAGGAGGAAGAAACAUCUAAGCCCGGUAUAGUCAAGACUGGCGAUGAUCACACAGAAGACGCUGGCUUUGACUCGGAGGAGGAUGAAAAAUACAUUCAAGAGGGAAAGCGGAAAGCAAUCAAAGCAAAAGGUCUCAAGCCCCCUCCUCGUACCUCCAAGUCUGCAUAA